AUGGACGCCAACCUCCUCCCCGAUUUCCAACUUCUCUCGUAUUCUUCUCAGUCCGACCAUCCACCCCCGUCUAUAGACCCGGUCACGCUCAACAUAUCCUCCUCAUGGACUUACUGUGGUCCCCUCUUGAGUCUCGACCCAUGUAGCCUGCCCGCCUCGUUCAACACCUGGGCCCACGCUACGGUGAAGGGGUCUGUCCUGGCCCCGCUCUGUGCAUUUCUGGGCUUCGUGCACGAGUUCCUGGCUGCCAACGGCCUCUCCCAUUACUGGCUCACGAUCCGUGCCAGCCAAGGGUCGCACGAGUUCGAUGUGCCGCGAUGGCACACGGAUGACCUUUUCUUUAGUCCGCCGCCAUCAUCAUCAUCAUCAUCAUCAUCACAACCCACUCGGCGACGGCGCACGUCUCGACUGGCAUCGUUUUCUUUACCCCCGCAGUUAUCUCGAUGGGGUCUGCACAGCCGAAGCCAGCACCAGCAAAAAUACCAAGAACACAAUGAAUACCACCACCCCCGGCCACGACAAAAACAACAACAACAACAAUCUGAAAUAGAAAACCCCAGCAUUCUACCCGACGACCCCCAAUUCCUCUCCACUACCCCCGCCCAGAUCAUCGCCCCGAGCACCAACCCCCCGAACUGGAAACUGGCCACCACCCUCCUCGGCCCAGGCACGCUCUUCAUGGCCCCGGGAACAGGCCCGCUAGCGCGCAACGCCCAACGCACCGCCAAAGACGCCGCCCGUGCCGCGAACCCCGGCCACGUGUGUCUGUCCGUCUGCUGCGUGGGCUGCGCCACGGCAGCAGAGUCGGUGCGGGCGCGUCUCGCCGCCGAGCUGGGCCAGCAGAGCAUCGUGCAGGCGCAGCCGGGCCAGUGUGUGUUUUUUCGGGUGGGCGAGGACGAGGGCGCGGUGCAUUCGGAGCCUAGAUCGCAUGGGGACCGGAUCUUUGUGAAUGUUGUUCCUGGGCAUGAGGGUGACUUGCGGGCUCAGAUGGCGAGGUGGGGGAUGGAGUUUCCGCGGGCUUGGUGUGUGGAUUUGCCUAUGCAGCUUGAUGGGGGUGUACAUUUGAGGGAUGUUGGGGGCUCUUGA